AUGGAUUACAGCGCAUCAAUAAACGACGCCGAUAAUGCCGCCGAGGCCUCGCCAUGGGGCAACUCGCCGAGCUCGUCACCCCGGGCCAACCGAACCACGUUUGGCUCCAUCACGGGAGACGCCCCCAGCUCUCCUCUCCGAUUUCCAAGUUCGAACAAUGGCCUGCCCGACGAAGGUGGCUUUGGCGGGAGCGACACCGAAUACCGCAGGCCCGAUACCGCAAGCACCGUCUCUCAGACGACCGAGCCUCAGCCAGAGCAGCCCACGCCGGCGGAGCCGUACCCGGAAUAUCAGGGUUUGACCGGCCCUCAUGGGCCGGUAUCGCCGCAAGCCCAACAAUCGCAGCUUACUUCAAAACCCGCCCCAGAGCACGCCCAGCACGCCUAUCACGCCCAGCGCAACCAAGAAUCACAGCACCCCGGGAAGCCCCCACCGCCGCAAUUCAAGCUGCAGGCUAAGAUUACUGGGCUUGAGCGCACCGGGCGCAAGGAUCCCAUCCUGAGAUUCGAUGUACAUACAAACCUCCCGGCCUUCAGGACGACGCAAUACCGCGAUGUGCGCCGACUCCACUCGGAAUUCAUUAAGCUCGCUGAGCACCUCAUCUCGGCCAACCCCGAGGCCAUCGUACCCUCGGUUCCUCCCGCGCUGACCUCCGCCGGCGCGGGCACCGAGGAGGACGAGAUCCGCGUCAAGGCGCUCAUGCAGCGCUGGUUCAACUACGUGUGCAGCAACGAGGUGCUGAUGCGCGACGACGAGAUGGUGCUCUUCGUUGAAAGCGACUUUGGCUACAGCCCCAUGGUCAAGAAGAAGCAGCCCGCAACUGGCGUGCGGCGCAAGAUCCUGAAGCAGUUCGCCCCUCCGCCGGACGACACCCCCGAGCUGCAAGAAGCGCGGCCUAUUGUCAAGCUCUUCUACCUGGGCGCCAUGGACGCUGGCCACAAGGUGGACAAGCUUGUGAAGUCUCGCAGAGGCCUCGGGCUGUCCGAGUCCGACUUUGGCGUCAAGCUCGGCAACAUGCACGUCCAGGAACCGCACCCAGGCCUCGGCAACGCCUAUCGCAAGCUGGGCAAGAUCAUCCAAACCGUCGGCGACUACCACGCUGCUCAGGCCACAGCCGAGGCCACGACGAUCGGGGACCCAUUUCAAUACCACUCGCAAGAUGCCUUCAUCGUCAAGGAAACCCUCACCAACCGGCAGAUCCUCAUCCGCGAGUUUCUCCAAGCCCAAGAAACAACGCGCAGCAAACUCAACGCCGCCGACCGGCUCAAAGCCUCGUCCACGGUACGCCGCGAAAAAGUCGACGAGGCCAUCGCCGCCCUCGACGAAGCCCAGCACGCCGAGUCAGCACUCUACCAAAAGACGACGCGCGUCACCCAGAACCUAGUCCACGAGCGCCGCCGCUGGUUUGCCCGCACGGCCGCCGACUUGCGUCUAUCGAUCCGCGAGUAUGUUUUGCGCGAGAUCGAGGCCGAGCGCCGCACGCUCGCCCUGCUCGAGUCGGUCCGUCCGGAUAUACGGUCCAUUGACGCCAGCGGGGGGCUGUCGCGGCUCGGCCGCGAGAGCCACCCGCCGAGCGCGAUGCGGCGCUCGGCCGUGGCGGCGAGCCAGGGCCCCAAGGGCGACGCCUGGAGCGGCGUGCCGCGGCGCAGCGUCGACGCCAUGAGCCGGAGCGUGUCGGGCAGCCUGGUGGCAAGCUCGGUGGUGGGCGAGGGGGAGGACGGUGCCGAGGGUGGGGAGGCUGGAGAGCAGGGAGGCCGGGCACGGGCGGUGAGCGGGUCGGCCGGGAGGAUGCCGGGCUUGUUGGAGGAGGAUGACGAGGAUCGGGUUGAUGCGCGGAACGCGGCUAGUCGGCUGGCUACGAGCACUUUCUAA